AUGGAAGCUCUCCGUCUCGCUUUCUGGCGAAAACCUCUUGUAAAUGCAUCACUUUCUCCUUCUCUUUCCAUUCAAGAUGACAAUAUGCUAGAGAUUAAACGGACUCUUGGUCUAUUUGACUUGAUUAUGAUUGGUAUUGGAGGUACGGUCGGUACGGGUGUUUUUGCGACUUCGGGUUUUAUUGCAAGUAGUUAUGCUGGUCCUGCUGCGACCUUGUCGUGGUUAUUAGCUGGUAUUGGCUGUCUCUUGAGUGCUUUUAGCUUUAUGGAACUUUCCUGUCUGAUUCCAAGUGCAGGGAGUACUUAUGCUUAUACUUAUUAUGCUUUGGGUGAAUUACCAGCUUUAGUUGCUGGGUUUUUAUUAACGUUAGAGUAUGGAGUCUCGAGUGCUGGAGGAGCACGGAGUUGGAGUGAUAAAUUAACUCAAUGGAUGGAUUCUCAAUUAGGUAUCCAAGGUCCCAAUUGGAUGAAACCACUGGAUUCAAGUAUUGAUUUGUAUGCAGGCCUAUUAAUGGCAAGUAGUACUGCGAUAGUACUUUGUGGUAUGCAAGCUGGCAAAUGGGUCAUUAAUAUUGUCACGAUGACGAAAAUAAUAGUUGUACUAUUUAUCAUUGUCAUUGGGUUACUACAUUUUCAACUGGACAAGGUCUCACCUUUUAUACCGGAUCAAAGUCUUGUGGAACUACAGGGACAAGAUCAAUUGGCAUUUGGAUGGCCUGGUAUUUUAUUAGGAACAAGUGCAAGUUUUUAUGGCUACAUUGGGUAUGAUGAAGUCUGUUGUCUUGCAGGUGAAGCAAAAAAUCCUGCCCGAAAUAUUCCACGGGCUGUCAUUGGAACAAUUUUGGGAGCUGCUACAUUGAGUAUUCUUGCAACAUUGGCACUUGUUGGCAUGCAAACGUACACGGAAAUUGACGCGGAGGAAUCCUAUGGCAAUGCAUUUUCCAGUAUUGGAUUAAAUUGGGCAGCAUCCUUUGUAGCAUCAGGCGAAGUGCUGACAAUGCCAGUGACAUCAUUCAUUGGGUUUCUAGCACAACCACGUGUGCAAUACGCAAUGGCCAAGGAUGGAUUAUUGCCACCGGUGUUUGCUCAUGUUGAUGCAAAUGGUAAUCUCUUUUGUGGCACAUUAUUGUGUGGAAUUGGAGUCACGUUGCUUGCUGUGUUUGUGCCAUUUCACGUGCUUUGGAACUUUAUUUCGCUUGGAAUUCUCGUUGCAUUCAACUUAACCAACAGUUCCCUCCUUUUAGUUCGUGCUUCGAACCACACGAAAUCGCAAGAAAGUGAAACAAAAGAGUCGUCACGAAACCAUUCGCACGGUGCUACGAUAGCUGGGUACUUUGUGUCGUCUUUUCUUGCAGCUUUUCACUGGCAAAAGGGUGUUGUUGCUACCGUUUCGAUCUCUGCAACAGCUGACAUGUCGAUUUUUGACAGCUAUAUGCAGACGAUGGGGCCGUUUGUCGCUGCUUUUUUUACGGUGGUCGCCAUUGCGCUUAUGUUUGCGCUGAGUGGCACUGGAAAGGAGCAGACCAUUGCCGCGAAAGUAGCCGUUGCAAAAGCAAAGCCUCAAUUGAAAACACCCAUGACGAUUGUUGUAUCUUCAAAGAAGCAGCAAGAUUCAUCUGAGACUGGUCAUGUGAGCUCUCAUCAUCGAAACCUCUCUUCGAGUCGAGACAAUAAUGAAAAUGAUCUGAAGACUAAAGUUGAGGAGAUGGAGCGUCCGAGAGAAUUUUUCGAACGAACGUCUUGUCUCGAACAACUCAGUACACAUCCCAACGAAGCCACAGUGGAUAGCAGCGAGAGCGACGAAGACAAGAUUGAAUCUUUCAACAGCAGUCACGAAAACGAUGCGAAGAAGGAUGCAGUGUCAACAUUUCGAGCACCGUUCGUGCCUUUUGCACCUUGCGUGGCUAUUUUUUUCAACUGGUUUUUGUUUGCUCAAAUGGACGGGACGAGUGUCGUACUCAUCGUGGUCUGGUUGCUGGUUGCUGUGACUGUCUACUUUGGUUACAGCCGUCAUCACAGCCUGGCCUUCCAGCAGACCAAGUACCAUCAACUUGCACAGCACUAA